CGGUUAUCGAUGGAGUAUAAUCAUGUCUCGAGCUGUGAAACAAGUUGCAACAGCUUCAAGGCCAGCAGCAUCUCAACCAACUUUUAAACUUCCUAUAAACAGCCAUCUCAUCAUUACAACUUCUGGUGGCAUUUUUUCUUGGGACCGAGACGGAGUCAAGAAGCUUUUCAGCAGUAGCAAGAAGGGUAUCCUUGCAGCUAGAGAGGCGAAAGAUGGAAGUCAAGUGCUUGCAGUAGCAGACGAGCAUGUCGUAGUGUUACAUGACUGCAAAAGAAGACGCGAGGAGAGCUGGGGCUUGAGUGGCAGUGAGUCUCUCUUCCUUAGCACUUCAUUGACCGGGGCUAUACAGCACUACUCGAUUCACGAAUCACGCUAUCUCGAUCCUNNCCCUUCCAAUCAUCCUUCUCCACCGACUGUUCUUGCCAUUUCUCCUACCUCUCACUUGAUGUUGUCUGCUUCUGAGAAACCGACUGUUGUCUAUCUGCAGAACCUUACCCUCAAGACAUCCGCCAUCCAGCUGCACCCGUCCGUAAGUGGUGCUGCUGUCGCAGCAGCUUCUUUCCACCCAGAACGGCCCAACAUCUUCUUACUGGCCUUCAAAGAUGGUACAAUAGCUGCCUACGAUGCAACAAAGAUAGCGCGAACGAGUGAAGCUUGUACCAGUACUAAGUCUCGCUCUGUCAACAACGGCCAUGCCGGCGAGAUAUCGCACUUGUCGAAUCUACACCGUAUCACCAACAUUCGGAGCUUGUCAGAUCCGCCAGAUGCAUCACCAAACACGACUGUUGGAAGCAAAAGCGUGGCAAUCACAGGAGCGGCAUUUCUCCCUGGUUUUCGAAGCCGUGCGGUCAGCGCUGGCGCAGAUGGAAGAUGUAGGCUGGUAGAUUUCGAGGCUGGCGGCAAAAUACUUCGUACCUGGCACGCGCAAGCACCUGUGACCUCAUUAUCGGUUCUGGCGACCAAAUCAUCUUCCAAGACCGAAAAGACAGCAUCCAAGCAGAAACCUGGAGUCACUUUAAGCGGCACUGAAGCCAACACUGUAAUCGCUGUGGGUAGGGUCGAUGGUCAGGUGCUUCUUUUCGAUUCAGUCGGAAUACGUCUUGACCAAGUUCUGGUGAACACGCUCGGCGAGAAGAUCAUCAGCGUGGAGUGGAUGGACGGCCCUAGUCCAUAUGCCAUAUCAAGCCCUUUCAAGCCUGUGUCUUCAAAGAUCGAUGCUACAUUCGGUCUAUCCUCCAGCACACCUAGACGAGGAAAAAGUGUCCAAGCUGGUCUUCCCGAUGCCCUACGACUACCACCAGGCGCCGUGUUUGUCCCCACGCAACCAGUGCCUGCGAUUGCUGUGGUCGGACAUGAAGCCGAAGAGCUAUCGACAGUGCGACACAUACCAGCUGUCAACAUGGUCAGAUGCUCACCGGCCGUUGAGACCACCUACUUGGACCUUUUCUCACCAGUCAAGAAAGUUUCACCUCCGCGACAGCAGCAGAAGAGUCCAGUGUCAUCUCCACAUCUACGCCGUAAACGCCUCUCAAGUCAAACUUUCAUCAGGACAAGCAGCCCUGAGUCUACAUACAUAGCUCUCGAGUCUGUGAAUACAUCACCCGAGACGCCUAAGCAUCUAUCCAUUCACCCCUUGGACACAAAAAUCGAAUCAAAACACAAGCCUGCUGUUGGGACUACUCCGGCAUCUGCUCGACGUGGUCCUAGAUCAGGACGCAAGAAAGCUCAUGGCCGAGCUGUGCAAGGCCCGAACCGCAGCCCCUCUGCCUCUACUGGGGCAGGAAGGAAUGGAAAGGUCCUUGCCGAUUUGCGGAAAUUGGGCGUUGAGAAUCCGAACCAAGCCAAGAAGAAUGGCAAAGCUGCGCUUUUCGCUCCGUACAUGAACCGUACUGGUAUAUCCAACCUUCCGAGAACAGAAAUGCAGACCACAAAGAACGAUGAUUCCUUGCUGGUCGAACGCUUGCCUGAAGAGCCCCUACGUGAACCUCAAUAUCGUCAAUCGGUUCAACCUACAAAAGUACAUUUCGAGUCUGAAAGUCGCUCGUCAGAUCGAGAUAUAUGGAUGUCCGCUGGAUCUUCAGAAGACGAGUGCAACCAACGAAAAGACAACAAACGCACGCACUUCCAUGCUCGCCAAAGACAGAUGGACAAACCUCGAGCACAGGUAACGUUCCAUGAUAACGGCUCGAACCCACAACAUGCGCCUUCCGUUCCGACAUCAGAGCUUGAAACGACUCUCGGAGUAGCGACUAUAUCGCCACAGCCUCAUAAUGCAGGCAAAGAAGCUGCUGUGCUCUCAAUGUCCGAAGAGGCCAUGUUCAGCGCAGUAUCACACAUCUCGAACAUUGACGGCGAGUUUGUGCCUGCUUCAAACGAUGUGCAAAGGCUCUUUCCUCGCGGUUCUUCUAUCUAUUCGACUUCUCCGUCUCGCCUAUCUACUAAGAGGUCACCACGAAGACAGGUACAAGUCUGGAACGAUGAUGUACCGAAAACAAAGACAGUGACAAAUCCAAUGCAACGCGCAAAAUUGGUAAACAAGAACUCCAAUACGACUGUCAAGGCAACACCAAGAGAAACGGCGGCAAAGAAGCCUGCAGCUGUUCUAUUAGGACCCCAGGAUGCNAAAAGGACCAAAGCCCUCCCGCCAUUACCAUCACAGCCAUCUGCUAUCGUGCCUUCUCAACCUCAAAGUUGUGCUUGCGCUGAGCAGAACUGUCCGGGUUGUUUGGAGCUGGAAACACGGGUUCACAGUUUAGAAGAUGAAGUCGCGAGAUUGAAGGCCGAAGUUCUUGGGCUUAGGAGUGCUCUCAGGAGGACAGGCGUGUCGAACCGCGUUGCGGAGAGAAAGAGG